AUGUCCGCUCCAGAUCAAGUUAAAGGCGUUUUGGCCAAAAUCGACAAGGCUACCGCAGGUAUCCACCCCUUGCAAGUGUUUGAGCAGCAAACCGGCUUGCCAAGAUCUUACGCUGUCUUGGGUUUCGGUGUGGUCUACUUUAUCAUCAUCUUCUUGAACGUUGGUGGUGUUGGCCAAUUGUUGUCUAACGUUGCUGGUUUUGUUGUUCCAGGUUACUUUUCCUUGAUUGCCUUGGAGACCAGAGGUAAGGAUGACGACACUGAGUUGUUGACCUACUGGGUUGUCUUUGCCUUCUUCAAUGUCAUUGAGUUCUGGUCCAGAGCUAUCUUGUACUGGGUUCCAUUCUACUUCUUCCUCAAGACCAUCUUCUUGCUUUACAUUGGUGUCCCAGCUUUCGGUGGUGCUAAGCUUAUCUACACCUCCGUCAUCCAGCCUAUCUCCAGAAAGUACGUGGUUAGCAACGGUGCUCUCAGAUCCUCUGUCAACGACGCUGCUGAGGGUGUGUCCACUUCCGUUAACUUGUAA